AUGGGAGGGUUGGGUAAAACCACUCUUGCUCAAUGUAUUUACAAUGAUGUGAGGGUGCAAGAUCGAUUUGAGCUCAAAGCAUGGGUGUGUGUUUCUAAUGACUUUGAUGUCACAAAGGUGACUAGAGCAAUUAUUGAGGCAAUAAGUUUCUGUAAUGAUAAUAGUGAAAGUUUAAAUGUACUACAAAAUAAAUUGAAAGGAAUGUUGACUGGAAAGAGAUUCUUUCUUGUUUUAGAUGAUCUUUGGAAUGAAGAAUUUAAUGAAUGGGAAGCCUUACAAACCCCUUUUAAAUUUGGGGCUCCUGGGAGCAAAAUUUUAGUAACCACCCGUACUGACAAAGUUGCUUCAACUAUGCGCUCAACUAAAAUAUAUUCACUGAAGUGUUUAAAAGAAGAAGAUAGCUGGUUGUUGUUCAAAGAAUAUGCUCUGUCCAAUGGAGAUGCUCAUUUUUCAAAUGUUGAUAUUGAGGCGAUUGGUAGAGAAAUUAUUAAAAAAUGCAAUGGGUUGCCUUUAGCGUUAAAGACAAUUGGGAGCUUACUGCACACAAGGUCAUCUAUUGAGGAAUGGAAUGACAUUUUGAGAAGUGAAAUAUGGGAGGAGGGUAAAGAUAUUAUUCCCCCAGCUUUAAGAUUGAGCUAUCGUCACCUUCCUUCUCUUCUCAAGAGAUGCUUUGCUUAUUGUUCAAUAUUUCCCAAAGAUCAUGAAUUUAGUAAAGAACAUCUUGUUGAGCUGUGGAUGGCUGAGAAUUUUUUCACGAGACAACAAAAAAAAGACUUAAAGGAUGUAGGAGAUCAGCUGUUUCAUGAUCUUUUAUCGAGAUCAUUUUUUCAAAAAGCAAGUGGAGAUAAAACGUGCUAUGUCAUGCAUGAUCUUAUUAAUGAUCUGGCAAAGAAUGUUUCUGGGGAAUUUUGUUUGAGGUUGCAGGAUGCAAAAGCACAAAACGUCUUGAAAGUUACCCGCCACUUUUCAUAUAUUAGAGAGCGUUGGGGUGAUUCUGCUGGAAAAUUUGAAAUUAUAUGCAAUGCAGAGAAAUUGCGCACUUUCAUGCAUGAUUCGCGGCAUGAUCCCUUUUUGUUUGUGUCCAACAAUAUGAUAAAAGAUUUGUUGCUCAAAUUUAGGUGCUUGCGUGUCUUAAAUUUGUCAGGAUAUAGCAACAUCAUUAAAUUGCCCAAGUCUAUCGGCAAGCUUAAGCAUCUACGUUAUUUGGAUCUUUCGAAAACCGGUAUAAAAAGACUACCCGAUUCAGUAUGCUCACUUUAUAACUUGCAAACGCUGAAGUUGGGGUUUUGUGAGGGUUUGGAAGAAUUGCCCAAUGACUUGCACAAACUCAUAAAUUUGCGGCAUCUUGAUUUUCGUGAAACUAAGGUGAAAAACAUGCCAAAGAGAAUGGGGGAGUUAAGAAAUCUUCAAGUUUUAUCAUCAUUUGUUGUGGGCGAAUGUGAAGAGACGGACAUCAAGCAAUUAGGCGAUCUUGAUCUUGGAGGAGCAUUGUCUAUUUUAGAUUUGCAAAAUGUACUAGAUCCUGAGGAAUGCUUAGCUGCCAAUUUAAAAAAUAAAAGACACCUUGAGGAGUUAGCAUUGGGUUGGAGCAUGAAGAAUGAAGAAUCUCACCAAGAAAGGGAUGUGCUGGAGAAUCUCCAACCUCCCCAAAACUUGAAAAAUCUAUCAAUUAGCAACUUUGAAGGUCCCAAUUUUCCAAAUUGGUUAACAGAUAAUACAUUAUCAUAUGUGGUGUCGAUAGAGUUGAUAAAUUGCAAAUAUUGUUUAUCCUUGCCAUCACUGGGUCUAUUGUCAACUCUCAAGUCACUCUCAAUCAUAGGUCUCGAUAGUGUUGUGGUUGUUGGUCCUGAAUUUUAUGGGAAUAAUUCUUGUAAAACUUCAUUUGCGUCUCUCGAGAUCCUAAGAUUUAAGGGAAUGAAGGGAUGGGAGGAGUGGAAUUGUGAAGAUGUAGAUGGUGCUUUCCCAUGUCUGCGUGAGUUUUCUUUAAUAAGAUGUCCCAAGUUGAAGGAGCAGCGCAUUCCAGCACUGCUACCUUCUUUAAUGAAGCUAGUCAUCGUCGAUUGCGAGCAGCUUGUGGAUUCACUUUUGCGGGCUCCAUCUGUUCAUGAAUUGGUACUACAAAGCUGUGGAAAGGUGCAAUUGGAAUGCCUUCCAUCAACUCUAAAAGAUCUUGCCAUCAGGGAACCCUUCACAGAAUGCUUUUCGGUUGAAACGUUUGAGAAUAUGGUUGCCCAUACUUGCCUUGAAAGAUUGAUCACUUUAAAUUUCGCUUCUCUGGGAUUCCCAUUGCCGCAUGGUCAUAAUUUCCUUCAAGGAAUACGGAUACAUGGCUGUGACUCCCUAAGGACCUUCCCGCUUGAUUUAUUCCCCAAUCUUCAGGUACUAGAAUUAAUGCAAUGUGGUAAUCUUGAAACAUUUAUCUGUUGGUGAGGGGCACGAUCAUCAUAUGAAUUCCCUUGUGUCUUUGAAACUAAUCGAGUGCCAUAAAUUUGAAUCAUUUCCAAAAGGAGGAUUUUCAGCCCCCAAAUUGGUUGAAUUUCGUGUUGAAAGACUAGAGAGUUUAAAAUCACUUCCAGAGCGCAUGCACAUCCUCUUUCCAGCGUUGUGUUUUAUAAGGAUAGAGGGCUGUACGCAAGUGGAAUCAUUUUCUGAGGGUGUUUUGCCAAGAAAUCUGCAGGGUCUUGAAAUCAGGAGUAGCCAGAAACUGAUGGCAUCUCGAAAGGAGUGGGGCUUGCAUAAUCAUACUUUCCUACAAGCGUUGGCCAUUCAAGAUGAAGAAGCUGAAUGUCUUCCUGAACCAGACUUGUUGCCACCUACUCUUACCACAAUUUAUUUUUACGAUUGUUCAAAUCUUGCAACUUUGGAUUAUAAGGGUCUUCACCACUUAUUGGCUUUGCGGGAAUUGCAUCUGUUUGGGUGUCCUAAACUCAAAUGCUUCCCAAAGAAGGGUUUGCCAAGUUCCAUUCAUACUUUGUUCGUUUGGGGAAGUCCGAAGCUUAAAAAGCGGUGCCAAAAGAAAAAAGGCAGAGAGUGGUCAAACAUUGCUCACAUCCCCCAAAUUGCCUUCGAUGGUGAUGUACUAAGUUGAACUGCCCAAUCACAAGGGCCUUCAACAUCAAAUUUGAUGGCCUCUCAUCAGCUGUCAGCUUUGAAGAGAAACAUUUAUGCAUGACACUGUGAAGAGAAGGAGCAGCUGGCGACCCAUUUUCUUCAGACACAACAUUAGUCACCUUUCUUUCCAUUGACAAGCUCUCAUAAAUGGUCCAGUGAACAAACGAACUCUUUUGAUAUUAUUCUUGGAUUUGUGAACACAGAGACUCCGAUGUUUUGCAAAGGAAGGUCUACUUAUUCCCAAUUGUUCUCUUCACAUUUCAGGGCUUCAGGCUAUAAUCUUUGGUUCAUUGAUCAAGAAGACAUGGUAGCAUAGGGGAAGGAAUCCCAUUCCUUGCUUACUGAUAGAUAGUGAUUGGAGUCACAAAUCAUUAAUGAGAUGAUCACCGACUCUAAUUGCUUAACAACGUUUCUGGUACUUUCUCUGGCAUAGGAAUUUCAAAUCCAAAACUUUGUGCAUUACGUAUUUGAAUAUUGCUUUUUUGGUUCUUGAUGCUUCAAUUUACCAUGUCAUUUUUGAUAAUUUGGAUUAUCACCUGUAUAGAACUACAGGGGAAUUCCCAGCUUAAAGGUGAUUUCUCUUCUCUUACCUGGAUUUCCAUUUUUGCAUAUAGUACCAUGUGUUGAUUCAUAAUAAUUUUGAAUCCAAAAACAUGUGGGCUGAAGACACAUGACAUACAUUUUUGUUGAGCAAAGCCAGAUUGCAAUCUAGUUUUCUCUACUUUGGUUAAAAUGUGUUAAUAUUUGAUCCUGGUUUAGGAGAUGUCAACUGAGUUUAUGUUUUAUUCUUAUGCGCUUUAAAAAGCCCACUUAGCUUCAGUUCAUACUGUACCAAAAGCGCAAGAGACAAAUGCAAAAUAACAAAAUAUCUAACAAGUAAUCUUUUUGCAAUAGGUCUAUAUUUAUUGGUAAAAUCUCAAAACCAAAGAAUGUGCUCUGAAGAAAGAAAGAUUUAUGUCUAAAGGGUGGAAACCACAAGCCAGCGAUGAAACUGCACUGCCUGGUUAUGAAACUCAAAAGAAGGCCGCUGCAGCAUGGCAAGAAUGCAAAAGGUAGAAGCCAAGAUCCAAAGCCAUGAAUGGUCUCAAAAUAUGAACACUAGAAGCAGGUCCAUAUAUUUCUCUGUAAAAACAACACCAGAGGAGUUGGGGCAGAACAUGAGUGCAGACCUAAUGUGCUCUAAAGGAAAAUAGAUUUCUGCUUAAAGCGAGGCAUCCUAGCCUCCAAAUAGUCUUGUAUGUGGAUGGAAUUAAAUUCCAAAAUUGAUUUGAAAGAAAAUGAAAUCUUGUUUUUAAGUGAGAGUAAGCCACUCCAUUGGACUGCCUAGCUAUGAAAUCCCAUCAAGCAUUGAAGAUCAAGAUAACAAAGUGCAUUCAGGGCUGUUAAAAUCCAUCUUCUUACUGAAUCUUGACAAUCACACAGAUUGUGCUAUUCUUGUACUGUCGUUCAUUGGAUACACUCAUUUAGUGGUUAAACUUGUGAAUAAGUCUUGUGAGCAUCAACGUCCUUUCAUUUUGUCUUUUGUUUUUCAAAAAAGAAAAAAGAGGAGGAGAAGAAGAAGAAGAAGAAGAAGAAGAAGAAGAGGUUGUAUAGAAGUUCAUGGCCUCCAUGUUGCAAGAUAUUUACUGGGUUCUCAGCCAAAAAAUUUGCCUUAAGCUUCGGUUGUGGAGAGUAAUGGUUAGUUAAUUUGUUGUACACGUGAAUAAUGGGUUAGUGUGCUUGAGUGCCUUCUUGAUUGUAUUUUGAUUAAUUACUCCUUUUUCAAAGUCUCUUUGUGCUUGAGAUAAUGUUAGAUUCCAGUUUUGACUCUGAAUGUUCUUACCUUACGUGCUUUUUAGCAGAUUUACAGAGAUUCAAUAAUUGUUUCCGGAGGGAGGGAAAUGAAGCCAUUAUCAUGAUACAGUGACUUUAGCAAACUGAUAAAAAUAGUGAUGGAGCUGCUUUCAAUUCUUAAUAUAUGUUGAGAAGGACUUUAUGUAAGAAUCUUUUUAUGAGGGUUGACAUUAUAGAGAAGUAUGAAGAGGGGCAAACCUGACUGCUGCAAACAUUCUCUCAAAGGGUCACAUACCAUCAGAGUUAUUCUUCGAGACACAAUCUAGUUUUGUGCUACAUCUCCAAAACCUGAACAAGCUUAACUCUGAAGCUUGUUCUUAUCCAUAUUACUUUGAUCUUUCAAUAAAAGAAGACCUUCAAAACAGAGUUUUCUUUCAUAUCUUAUGUCGGCAGGUCUCACUUUCUUUCUUUCUUUCUUUUUUUUAAAUUUCAUUAUAGAAAUGCUCGAAUUUUAUCUAGUUGG